GUAGGGGACAAAGGGAUCUUGUUUACACAUAAGCGUAUCCAGGUAUAUAUCGAUCCAACAUGACUACUCAAUUCACUUUGUGAAGAAGAGCUUGGAAAAGCAGUAGCACAACAACUAUCCUAUCCGUCAUGGCUGAAGGAGGGAGUAUAGAUGUCGAGAAAGAAUAUCUAAAAAAGCUGCUCCGCAAAGCCGAGGACCACUGCAGUAAAGGCAGCUUUGAUAAUGUAUCUAUCCUCUUUCGCAACAAGCCGUCAUCCUAUUUCGAUGACAUUCGGCAGAACCACAAUAACAUCAUGGAACCUUAUCUGAAGGACAAUGGCGGAGACCAACGCUGUCCAAUAAAUGGGAGACUGAAGGGUCUUUUCUUUAACGUGACGCUUAAGAAUGGCAGUCUGCCAAAUAUGUCGCCUUUUGGAGACACGAGAGUGAAAGUGCAACUGAGUGAGGUUUUUGAUGAUUCAGCAAAACUUUACUUUGCUGACUUCUACUGCAAGCCACCACGCAGGUCCCCACGCAGAAUCACGCGCACGCGUGCUCACUACGUGACCUUGGUCCUGACACGUUCAGGAUCAGAGGCAGACAGUUUCUGUAAUAUGCACCUGCUCAAGCUUGAUUCGUGCUCCAACAAGUUUUUGAUAAAGACAUUCUCAACAUACAGAACAAAGGACUGUCCUCGUGUCCACGUGGAGGUUAUGUAUACAGAGGCCGUGAACAUGACAGACAGGGAUCUCUCAAAAACUGGUACCUUUGGUCGAGGUCACAGCACACAAGGUGGGAUAGGGAAGACUGUGGGCUGCAGCAUGUGCAAUGUUGAGGAUAUAUCUUAGAAUGAGUGUUUUGCUUCAUAAUCAGACAAGCUAGGGAUACAUCUUUGGAUGAUUUCCUUCGGAAGCUAUCGGCAGCAAUUAAUCGCGAGGGUUCUUUCUAGAAAUGUCCAUCGGGUGUAUUGCUUCAUAAUCAGACAAGCGCAUAAACGCCAUACUGGUACCUUUGGUCGAGUUCACAGCAUACAAGGUGGGAUAAAAAAACCUGUUGACUGCAGCAUAUGUGAUGCAGGGGAAUAGGGUAUUUGGAUGAGAUCCGAAAGUCAACUUUCCCUUAUGUCGAGCAGCUCCAGACCUGGUGUUUUCACAACUUUUGAGCUACAAUCGAGCUUGCUUUUCUACCAAGAUUACAAACAGCGUCAUAUGAAUAUGUCCUAGAAGUUGUUUGAUCAAGGUUACAACAUUCAAUGCCUCAGUAAAGCUUUCAAAACGAAAUGUGGAGGAUAUUUCAAAAUUUGACGCAUCAGUGAACAAAAUGAUAAUCGAUGAAUUUUCACUAUUUAUAUCAUAUGUUCCUGUAUCAUUCAGGCAAACAAUUGACUUGCCUUUGCAUGUGUUUGUGACGAGUGCCACCGGUGGGGCAGAAAACGGUUAUCUAUUUGUAAACACCUGGUAUCAUCAUUAUUAGAUAGUGAUUCAUAAACACAUGCUUAUCGGACUCUGCUUUUGGCCGAGAUUUCUUAUGAUUAUGGAAAGAAUUUAUCGCGUUUAUUCAAAAUUGUCACUGAAAUCUUCACUCCUGAAUUGAAAAGCUGACAUUUGGAGCUUUGUGUCGAUAAUCAACUGCAUUCUCUAAGACAAUAUGUUCAAACAUUUUGAUUACAUAAAUGUAUGCCUAGACAAAGUGUACAUGUCAACAGUACAUGAAUUGCCCUGUAAGUGUGAGUGAGUGACUGAGUAUGUUUUACGCCGCUUUUUAGCAAUAUUCCAGCAAAAUCAUCUUUUUGCAUUUUACAAACAAUAUGGGAAAAAGUAUUAAACAUGCAGUAUUAGACAUGUAAAACAUAAGUACCAUGUAUAUACAUUUAUUUUAAUAUAUAAUAAUUCGCUUUGAGUUGUACGUCUAGAAUUGUACGUCAUUAACUUUCACAUUCGAUUCGUGUUGAUUGUGUAGUGCACACAGCACAUUCUUAUUCGUGUUGAUUUUGUAGUGCACACAGCACAUUCUUAUUCUUGCAUCUCACCAGAAUAUUGAAUAAAACGAUUUGAUGUGA